UAUGGUUAUUAAAUACAGUUUUAUUUUAUAUACUCUGAUUAUAAAAUGUAUUAAAAUCUUGACAAAAAUGAUUCUAAAUCUAUUUCUUAUUUGGCAAUUUUUAUCUGUUACAAGCUUCAUUAUUCGUUUACCUUGCAAUUUGCAUGGGAAAUUUAAUAAAAUUAAAAAUGCAUACAUCAAUGGAAAUGUUACAAAAUCGUUAUACAAUGUCAAUUCUGCUGACUGUGCAGUAGCAUGUGUCAGCAACUUAAAAUGCACGAUAGCUAAUUGGAAGGAAGAUGAAAUGCUCUGCGAACUGUUAUCAGACACAAACCCCAAACAAAUUUCAAAAGAUCUCUGGAUGGUUUUGCAACCAGACAACACUAACAAUAAAAUUGUUGGUCAAAUUUGUGAACAGGUUAAUCCAUGUGAAAUUACUCAAAUAUGUCGAGAUGUAUGCGAUUCCACUAACAAACAUACUUUUUCUUGCGUUUCUAGUAUGGAUAUUUCCAGAGACGCUAACCCAGUUUUGUCCUCAACGUACUGGGGAUUUUUAUUUGCAAAAUAUGCUAUUGAUGGGGAUGUUACAACAAUAGCAGGUGCUGAUGUUGAAGGUCAAAGUUGGUUUAAACUUGAUUUACAUUUUGUGUAUCAGAUUACUCAAAUUGUUAUAUACAAUCGAGUUGGUUGUUGUCCAGAACGAAUGAUGGGUAAUUUAUUAAUUGUAAGUGUAACGGAUUCGUUCUUGAGUGGAACUGAAAUAGCAACCUUGACAUCCGAUUUGGUGCAAACUUUUACAGAUUUAUUUGUUGGAAGAUAUGUUUUUCUUGUUAAAAUCCCCGGUGAUUAUUUGCAAUUAGCAGAAAUAAAUGUUUUUGUUUAACUUGCCAAACAAAUUAUUUUUUAAAACUCUGAUUCUGACUCUACAACUUUUGGUAUUUAUUGUUGUUUUUUUCGCGCUUUUUUGUCAUUGUUUUUAUUUUACACUUUAGUGUGUACUGUUUUAGUAUGUAUUUUAGUAUGUAUAAUAUAUU